UCGAUAGUACCGACUGUCCAUUCGAUUAUAUUGCAGCCAUAUUUUCCUCCGUGUGCCCUUUCGUAACACGGCAAAUCUUCUGGCAAAUUUUUAGGGUUCUUCCUUUAUAUUGUACCAAAAAUGCCAUCCUACGAAUUAGCUUUGGUAUUGCGACAAAUGUCCAGACCGGAGAUUGUGUCCGUCUUGAAACGCACUGCCGAAACUAUUUUGGACAAGGGCUGCGUAAUUAGAAAACUAGAAAAUUUGGGCACUCGUGCGCUACCGCAUAAAAUCAGUGAACAUGGUCUAGUACAUCGCGAAGGCACCUACUUCACUAUAGCUUUUGAGUCGGCACCAACAAAAUUAAAUGAUUUUAUGGAGGAAUUCGGCCGUGAUAUUGAUAUUGUGCGACGUCGUAUCUUUAAAAUUGAAGAACCGGAAGAGUUCCAAUGCACUCUACAUGAGGAGAUGCUUCCGCCAGCCUACCGCAAAGAUGUGCAGGAAAUGAUAAACAUCGCUAAACGCAAACAAAAACCAAAGUUCAAAUAUAAUUCCGGGCUGGAUUACUAUCCGUUCCAGAAAUAAAUGCGGUUAGUAAGAUUUUUGUGUAUCCGAAGAAAAUGUUUUAAAAAUUAUACUAGUAGUUAUAAGGUA